AUGAAGGCUGUCAUCGCGGUUUUGCUGGGAGUGGCUACUCUGACAGUUGCUCAGACAGCUACUACCUCUGAGCCUGCUCUCGCCGACAUUCAGGCUGCCGAAACCACCAAGCCGGAGGUUACCGUCUCCGAUGUCAAGGGCCUGGCUUUUGAUCGUUUCUAUCAAGUCUGGCUGGAGAACAUUGACUAUUCCGAUGCCGCCUCAGAUGCCAACAUGCAGUGGCUCGCUUCUGAGGGUAUUCUCUUGACCAACUUCUAUGCUGUCACCCAUCCCUCCGAGCCCAACUACUGCGCUGCCGCUGGUGGUGACACGUUUGGAAUGGACAAUGACGACUUCAAUCAGAUUCCUGCCAACGUUUCUACCAUUGCUGAUCUGCUUGACACCAAGAGCAUCUCGUGGGCUGAAUACCAGGAGCACAUUCCCUAUGCUGGUUUCCAGGGCUACAACUAUUCCAACCAGGAAACUUACAGCAAUGACUACGUUCGGAAGCACAACCCGCUGGUGCUUUACGACUCUGUUGUGACCAACAACACUCGUGCACGUGCUAUCAAGAGCUUUGACGACUUUGAAAAUGAUCUCAGUGACAAGAAGCUUCCUCAGUGGGCCUUCAUCACUCCUAACAUGACCAACGAUGCCCAUGACACCAACAUCACUUUCGCUGCCAAGUGGGAGCGUUCUUGGGUGAGCAAACUGCUCACUGACGAGUAUUUCAUGAACAACACCCUCCUCCUCCUGACCUUCGAUGAGGACAAGACCUACACCAACGACAACCGUAUCUUCAGCAUUCUUGUUGGUGGCGCCAUUCCUCAAGAGCUCAAGGGUACCACGGACAAUACCUUCUACACCCACUAUUCGAGCAUUGCCAGUGUCUCCGCCAACUGGGGUCUUCCUUCUCUGGGUCGCUGGGAUUGCGGUGCCAACAUCUUCGAGAUUGUCACCAACAAGACCGGUUACGUCAACUACGAGGUCGACAAGACUUAUCUCACCCUUAACCAGACCUACCCUGGUCCUAUGUCAAUUGGGGACGACACCAUUGGCAACACCUCCACCUACACUCCCGUGUGGCCCAUUCCCAUCACUGACAGCAAUGAGAAGUGUUCUGCUGGUCACGGUAUCCUGGAUGCCGUCAAGCAAACCUACGGAAAACUGAACUCGACAUACGACACCAAGCCGUUCCCCUGGGAAGCCAAGACUCACUACAACGACAAGGUCACAUUCCAGCGGUCAAACGAGACCACGAACGCGACCGCCACGACUAACUCGACAGCGGCGAGCCCUACCCACACUGGCGCUGGAUUUGCUGCCACGGCUCCUAUCUCUACUGUCAUGCUCGGAGCCAUGCUGGCCAUCGCUGCCUUUUCCCUCUGA